AUGGUGGCCAAGGUCAUCAGCCACGAGUCGAUACCGAUGUUUGAAAAUCACACCAGCCCUCGAGGCCUGGAGGUGUCCACCCCUGACCUGGUUGGUCAUAAGAUUCUUCUGAAAUCAUCUUCCUCUGUACAGCAGAAAGAUGAUUUUCUAUCCGUCUACGUUGGUGGAAAUGUUACUUUAGAAUGUUCUUAUGAAGUUCAGACGUCAGACCAAAUCUACUGGUACAAGCAAAGUUUGGGAAAAAUGCCUGAAAUAAUUUCAAGUUUUGUUCCAAGUAGCACAACAGUGACCUUCUUUGGUAAAUUCAAGAACAAUCCACGCUUUAAACUGGACCUAAAAAAGCAAAGUUUUUACUUGAACAUUAGUGAUUUACACUUUUCAGACACAGCUACCUACCACUGCAUAAAAUCAGAUUUUUACUCACUUACUUUUAUGGAGAGCUUUAUUGUGAAUGUAAAGAACCAUUCUUUUUACCUCAAGGACUCAGUGGAUCAGCCGUCCUCUGAGAACAUCCAUCCAGGAGACUCUGUGACUCUGAACUGUACAGUACACACUGGGAGCUGUGAUGGAGAACACAGAGUUUACUGGUUCAAAGACUCUGAAGACUCUCAUCCAGGACUCAUUUACACUGAUGGAGGCAGGAAGGAUCAGUGUGAGAGAAAGAAGAACACACAAACACACAGUUGUGUCUACAAUCUCCACAUGAAGAACCUGACUGAGUCUCAUGCUGGGAUCUACUACUGUGCUGUUGCCUCAUGUGGACACAUAAUGUUUGGAAACGGGACCAAACUGCAAUUCUCUGACUCUGCAGCUCCACUGAACUCUGUGAUUCUUCACACUUUGGUUGGAUUAUUGACCAUCAUGAGCGUCCUCGUUAUUUUUCUGCAUUUUCUUCUGUGGAGGAUCAACAAGAGAAACAACUGCACCUCUACAGAUGAAAGAUCACCUGCUGCCCCCUUAAGAAGCACAGAGGCUGAGAACAAAGACACAGAAAACCUUAAUUACGCUGCUAUAAAUGUGAAGAGGUCCAACAGAUCAAGAAGACAGAAGAAUGACUUAAACACAGUCUGUGUUUAUGCCGGUGUGAGACUUCAGAACUGAACUUUUAAGUCUAGGAGGAGGUUGUAUUAUGAUUUUUGAUGUAUAGCAUAAAAUUUGUAAAAUUUGACUUUUUUAUUUUUAAUUUUUGGCAAUUUUUUACAUUAUUUCAAUUUUUAAAAGGAAACAUAUUUUGUCUUUUUUAUUAAUAUAUUUUUUUUCUAUUUAAGUUGUGCUUGGAAGUUAUAAAUCCUGUCUGUUGUUGCAUUAUGUUUUUUUUUUCUCUAAUAAAAUUUUACAAAGGAAAAUUGAUCUAAAUUCUUUUUUUUUCUCUCAGUGUGAGGAUCGUUGUUGAAUCCUAUCAGACAUUUUGUGUGGCAUUGGCAUUUGUCUUUUCAUGCAUGCGUGCACUCUCAAUGUCCAAAUUCAUGCUUUAUAGGUUAAUUGAUGAUUCUAAAUUGACCCUGUGCAACACGGUCGCAGUAAAAUGCGUACA